AUGUCUGCCCCCAUGGCCAGCCCAGGCCGUGGAGGCCGUCUCGCAUCGAAUGGUCACUUGUCUUCUUCAUCUUCGAGACCUGGGCCCUCCACGCACCCGCAAGCAAUGGCCUUCGACGACGGGGAAGGCGAUAUCUCAUUGUCUCGGUCCGGCUCCCACUCGACUCUCGCCAGCUACGCCGCCCUCGGUCAAAGCCAGAACCGGCGAGCCAGCCCUGCCCUUCCGUCAUCUCCAGCUUGCAGAGACGUGACUUCGCCUGUUCCGCAACGAAUGCUCCAGAAACGCUGGUCAGCGAGCCUUGGAGCCAGUGCGCACCAGCAACGCACUGCCUCCGCUACACUGCCGGACCCAACCAAUGGUGACUCCCCGAGCUUUGGACCCCGAAAUAGCACGUCUACUGGUCCAUCGCCAGCGCCGUCUCUCAAUGCGCCCGCAGUGCACAGCAAAAACGCUCCGCACAAUGGGGCUGGUAGUGCUCCAGCCACCGGGCGUAGGGGGAUCACGCGAUCACAUUCUCUGAACGUCCGGAUACCGAGCGUCGAUCUCUCUACGAAAGACGAGUUCAAGUCGGCAUCUAGUGCGACGGCAGCGCAAUCGCCGGAUACCUGGGAGGACGACCGGCCGAACAGCGACAGCGCGGAGACGGAGAAGCCGCUACCGUCUCCACGACCACCGCCGUUAGUGGACGACAAGACGGCAGCUGCAAUGAGCCGUUGGGUCAAGGAGGUCGUGGUGUGCAACUUUGACCUUGAGAGAGGGCCAGUCGUCGAGCGAAGAGCGGUCGGACGGCGUUGGGGCCCAGGAGAGAAAGAGAAUGUCUUCCCCGACACAUCGCUCUUCAACGAGGGGAGUAUCCAGUUCUCCUUCAAAAUUCGCGAGCUCCAGCCAGAUCCGUCGUCUUUAGCUCUUCCGGAACCUCCGUCUCCGGUAGUCGGCACUUCCGCCCUGCCCAUGGCGGAGGGCACGAAGAGGGCGAAAGCCGAGGAGUAUCGUGCUUGGAAUGAGCGUGGUCGAGAAUGGCUCUACGGAUUCGUCUGGUUUCAGCAGCGGCGGGAUCGGGGGAUCGCACGAGGCUAUAUGCAGAAAUCAGUCGUGAUUCUCACUCACCUCCCCUUCCCAAAGCUCUUCGCCAGCGUUCUGGACCAUGUUGCUCCCAGCUUCUUCAAGUAUGGAUACUCCGCCCUUGAAGUGGCGUGCCAUGCUUUCGCGAGCUGGCCCGAUCCCACGCCGGAUACAACCCUGACCCUGCCGCUCCUGUCCAACGUGAUCGAGGCAAAGCUGCCCGAUAAGAUUAACAGCCCUCAGGUCGCCCCUAACAGCGAUAUCAAUCCUUUCUUCCGUAACGCCGCAUCUCACUGGCCGAACGUCAUCUCGAUUCCUGGCGACAGCCGUCCGAGUCCAAUCGUUCCGCGCAGCGCAAAGACCCCGACCACACCGAGUACGGCCCAGCCUCCCAAGGGCUUCAUAUCGAAACGCCACAGAAGUAUUUCGAAGGACCGUGUUCUGCUGAAGAAGCUGGAAGCUCUAGUGACUGCUGGCCGGUUAGACGACCCGGAAGGCAACGAGGCUCUCCGGAUGCACUUCCAGCAGCUCACGGAGCGAUUCCUGGCACCGUUGAACCGGUACUUCCAAACUCUGGUUCCUCAUAGGACGACAAAGGGCCUCUCGAUCCCGUCGGACGGCUCGCAGCUGAUGCCACCGCCCCCGCCUGCGCUAUCGGUGUCAGCGCUGAAGCCGUUUUCGCUGCCGACGUUUUUAGCACACUUGAAAGCGCACGGGCCGAAUCCAUUGGCGUUCAAGACUAGAGGUCUGCAGUCCAAGGCCCGAGUGGAGUCCGACUUCUAUGCGUCCUUCUGCAUGUCUCCGACCUUUGCGGGGUGGCUUCAGCAGCGAGUCGAGAGUCUGGGCAUCGCAGUCGCGAAUGCGAGCGGCGCAUCUGCGACGAUUGGGUAUCAGGGAGGGAGCAGCCCGGGUGUGUCACCUACGGGAAUGCACCACUUGAGCCCCGUGCCCAGUAGCGUGGACACGCGGUCGAGCCAGGACACGGGCGAAGACGAGGACGCAUUCAGCACGAGCAAGCUGAAACAGUCGCUUCCGAACCCGCAAGACAUCCAUCACACCCGAUAG